AUGGCGGCGGCGACGGCAGGGUCGACACCGGCGAAGGAGGUGGUGAAGAAGAAGGUGGAGCUCAUGAAGGAGAUACGGGCGCACGAGGUGGCGAUCGCGGAGCUAGGCAACCUGAAUCCCUCCCGGACGGUGUACCAGAAAGCUGGCAACAUCUUCUUUCGCAAGAGCGUCAAAUCAGUGGUCACAACGGAGCAGAAGCAACUUGACCAAGCCAAGGCUCGGCUGAGCAAGCUGAACCAAGCCUGA